GAACGUCUGUCAUUUUUCUGUUGUCAAAAUUAGCAAAGCAAAACACACAGCCUGCCGGUGGUAAAAGCAGCAAAAAUGUCGAAUUUUGUUAUAAAUGGUCUGCUGCAGUCACGCAACCCACUGCUCACAUUCCGCCGGUUCCGGGGGAAGAUCAACAUCCAGCGCCCGCGAGCUCCGCAUUACGAAAGAGCACGGGUGCUUGAAGUCAUCAAACCUGUCUACAAAAGGCCCGAAUUCAAUGCCCCCUGCAUCGAAGCGCAGAAAGCGAAUGAAAGCAAAAAUCUCGACAAUCCGUACGAAACCAUCAUCGCACGAGAGGCACGCAACUGGUUCGAUCACAGCAACCUGGUCGCCUUCCUGCACGUCAACUCGAUACGCCAGGAGGACAUGUUCAAAGCGCAAGUGGUUCUGCAUCGUCACAACAUCUCCGUGAAAGUGUACGGAAAGUCGAUCAUGCGGAAAGCGCUCGCUGGCACCAAGUUCGAAACGAUUCUGCCACUCUUCGAAGCCAAGACGGCGAUUGUGUUUGCACCCGAGCCGCAAAAGAUAAAGCAGGUGUUGAGUGUGCUGAAGAAAACCCCGCAGCUUGUUCUGCUGGCCGGAAUCGUCGAGGGUCGGCUGCUGAGCAGGAACGAGUUCGUGUCGUACGCAACCAUGCCCGAUCUGACGACGACACGAGCUCAACUAGCCGCUGUACUCGAUAGUGCCGGUGGUAAGAUUGUGGCCGAUCUGCAGUGUCACCAAAGUCAGCUGGUGAAUUUGUUGGAUGCCUACGCAAAGAAGGAUCCAGCCAGUAGUGCUGACGCUGGCGAGAAAGUGGAAAGCUGAACCGUGUAAAUUAGUGUGGCUAUAAGUUUAAAGUAGUGCAAAAAAGUCCUAAUAUAAAGGGUUAAUACAAAAGAUAUGUUCUUAUACUUGAUUUACCAAGAGUGGUGAUUAUCACA